UCAGCUGUUGCAUGUAUUUUGAAUAAACGUGACCACGAGCAAUAUCGUUGUUUGGAUUAUAAGAAACAUUUAUUGAUAUGGCGAGAAAACGCAAAAUACCUGUUCGCAAGCAUCACGGAGUGCGAGAUCCGCUGAAACAGAUCGAACAAAGAGAGAAAAAGCUGGCCAACGUGACGAACAAUCCGCCGACACAAAAUGACGAACAGCGGGCGUCGCACAAUUUCACGCAAUUCAAACGAAUCGUCGAAGCUGCCAAGGCGGGUAAAAAACUGAAAAUCGGUAAUAUUGGCAAAGAAGACAAACCCAAGGAGACAAAAACAAAAAAGACCGUAAAUAGUACGGCGGGCGGACAAAAGUCAAGCAAAAUCAAACAGUUCGACAAUGAAACGGAUGAGGAAUAUCUGCGGCGAGUGAAUCGCAUAACCAAUGCAUCCGUGAGAGAAGCACAAUACGAGGCGAAAUAUGGUGUCAAUGUUAUACGCAACCCGAAAACGGGUGAAAUAACGCUACAGAAGCGACCCAAGAAUGAGAUUGACGAACUGCUCAAGCAGAAACGAAAGGAACGCCACAAUCUGAAAAAUGGACGUAGAAAAAACAAUGCAGUGGUCAAGAAUGGCAUGGAUGCUAAGACGCGCAAAGAGCUGAUUAAGCGAGCCUUCAAGGAAGCUGAUGAAGAGGCGAAAAAGGAGCCUGCUCCUCUUUCGGAAUAUAAGCGAGAUGAAAUAAAAUUUGGUGAAAUCGUACAUGCGCCACCUGCACUGAAGACUCUGCCCCGCAAGGCAAAUAAAGAUGAGACUGUGCCCAGACCAGGACGCAAAGCAAAUCUGUUGCUCAGGUCGCUGAUGGCUAAUGGCGCAACGACGACCACACAGAGUUCUCCUACCAGCAAAAAGAAAGUCCCAGCUCAGAGUGCGCCCACAAAGCUACAAAUGAAGGGCAAACGCAAAGAUCUGCCGGCUGCAACACGCAACAUGCUCGAGGGGGAACGCAACAAAAUGGUCGAUCUCUAUCGCCAGCUGAAAAAGAAACAGAUUGAGGCGCAGCACGGGUCAUAGUAUAAUAAUAGUCAUUAAGCAGUAACUAACUAACAUUGUUAUAAUGUUUAUUAUUUCUUUUUUUUUUUUACUUAGCAAACACUAAACUUUUCAACAAAGAAAAAA